GGGAGUGAGGGUGGGGAGGCUGUAGCCUACCAGCAUCCCCAGGGCCCCUUGCCUGCCUUGCUCCUGCUGCUCGCUGCUCCUGUGGCUCAGUACCAGAGUCUCCUGGCUGGGAUCACAACCCUGUGAGUCAGCCCAGAGAAGAUCUGCUGUGUGUGGAACCUCCCAGUUUAUUCUCCUGUUUAGUCCUACUCUGUCUCAGUCUGCACUGACAGCUCUCUGAGCUGCCCUUCCACCAUCUCCAUCAUCAUGGCUGUGGUUGUGGGUUCCGCUCCAUGGGCAGCCCCACUGGCCCUUGUACUACUGGCAAUCACCCUGGCAGUGCCAGCCCUGGGAGGGUGCCCAUCCGCCUGCCGGUGCUCCUUCGCCAUGCUGCAGUGCCUGGAGCCCAAUGGCAUUGCCACUAUACCCGCGUUGGCACUACAGGAGAGCGAAAACGUCACGGAAAUUUACAUCGAAAAUCAAGCCGACCUGGAGAACAUUACAGAAGUAGACCUUGCCAACUAUAGAGAGUUGAAGAAUCUCACGGUCACGUUCUGCAGGCUGGCGUACAUCUCGGCUAAUGCUUUCCAACACAACCUCAAGCUCCAAUAUGUAAACCUGGCAUCUAACUCCCUGGAGCAUAUCAGUUGGAAGGUGUUCCAUUUUCUUCCCCUGCUCAACCUGGUUUUGAGGGACAACCCCCUUGAGUGCUCCUGUGAUAUCCAUUGGCUGCAGCAAUGGCAGCUUAAUGACCACAGUGACCUUGACAAGCAACCGCUACACUGCCUCUCCAAUGGCCAUGCCCGACGGUUGGACUCCUUACUGAUGGAGAAUUGCACUGUACCGAAUGUCGCCAUUGUCCAUGCCAACACCAAGGUCCAGGAGGGGGGCAACCUGACAUUUUUGUGUCAGGUGACAGGAGAGCCCAUGCCUGUAGUGAGGUGGCGCACAAAUAAACUGCUGUCUCGCUAUACUGUACAGGAGAGGUUCUGGGGCUCCACUUUGAAGCUGGAGCUGCAGCUGUGGAAUAUGUCCUCAGACGACAACCUGCACAACUUGACCUGUGAGGCAGAGAACCGGGCCGGGCCCGGGGAAGAGAAAGUGACGUUGGACAUUGAAUUUCCAGCCAAAAUCAUAUUCCUGCACAACGCCGAGCAACAGCACCACUGGUGUGUCCCCUUUAAGGUGGACGGGAACCCUGAGCCAACCAUCCGCUGGCUUUUCAACGGCUCCAACCUGACCGAAGGCCUCUACACCUACACACAGUUCAUUCCCGACUCGGACGACGGCUCUGUGAAGCACGGUUGUCUAUUUCUCAACAAGCCCACCCACCUGAACAACGGCCUCUACACCAUCAUUGUGGAGAACAGACUGGGCAUGGAACAAGCCACGGCCACGGGAAAGUUCAUGGACAACCCCUUUGACCCCUUCGAUCCUGAGGGCAUCAUCCCAGUCCUUGAAGAAAGGGAUCCACUUCCCACCAACAAAUCUAAUGAGGAUGUCACUGAGAACCUGGAGAGCAGAGUGUUUGGGGUGUCGGUGGCAGUGGGUCUGGCUGUGUUAGCUUGCACCUUCCUCCUCAUUAUGGUACUGAUCAUCAACAAGUGUGGCCAGCAGUCCAAGUUUGGUAUUCACCGUUCAUCUGUCUUGGGAACAGAGGAUGAUCUUGCUGUGUCACUGCGUUUCAUGAACUUUGGGGCCAGCCCUCCUUCCUCUGAUGACUCUGGGAUGUCCAGCUUUGUGGAGAACCCCCAGUACUUCUGUGGCAUUUUCAAAGACAAAGACAUGUGUGUGCAGCACAUCAAAAGACAGGACAUCGUUCUGAAGUGGGAACUGGGUGAGGGGGCGUUUGGCAAAGUCUACCUGGCAGAGUGUGCCAACCUCAGUCCGGACAGUGACAAAAUGCUGGUGGCCAUCAAGACUCUGAAGGAUGCCAACGAGUCGACCCGGCAGGACUUCCAGAGAGAGGCUGAGCUGCUCACAGUCCUCCAGCACCAGAACAUCGUUCGCUUCUAUGGAGUGUGUACAGACGGCGAGCCACUGGCGAUGGUGUUUGAAUACAUGAGGCAUGGAGACCUCAACCGCUUCCUCAGGGCGCACGGUCCAGACGCCCAUAUCCUGGAGGAGGUGAAGAUGCCCCCGCUGGGCCAGCUCACUCUUCCCCAGAUGCUGCACAUCGCCGCCCAGAUCGCCUCAGGCAUGGUCUACCUGGCCUCCCUUCACUUCGUGCACCGGGACCUGGCCACUCGCAACUGCCUGGUGGGAGAUAUGGGAGAGAGUCUGAUGGUCAAGAUAGGAGACUUUGGCAUGUCCCGGGACAUCUACAGCACAGACUACUACAGGGUGGGUGGGCGUACGAUGCUUCCUAUUCGAUGGAUGCCCCCGGAAAGCAUCAUGUACAGGAAGUUCACCACGGAGAGUGAUAUCUGGAGCUUUGGAGUGGUCCUCUGGGAGAUCUUCACCUAUGGGAAACAGCCCUGGUACCAGCUCUCCAACAGCGAGGCUAUCGAGUGCAUUACACAGGGCCGGGAGCUGGAGAGACCACACACUUGCCCCAAGGAAGUACACGGCCUGAUGCAGGGCUGCUGGCAGAGGGAGCCCCAGCAGAGACUGGUCAUCAAGGACAUCCACAGCCGCCUUCUGGCCCUGGUUAAGAGCCCCCCUAUCUAUCUGGACAUCCUGGGGUAGAGGCUAGGGGUUCUGGGGCUGAGGCUGGGGCAGUAGGGUCAGGAAUGACGGGUAUUAGGAAGGGGUGGAAGUCAGGUAAAGGACUGUGCUAUGGCAAUCCUGAACCUAAGCAUUGCUGUCAUUUACCUCUAUGGGUCUUAACCACAUCGACACCCCCUCUGAUUGGAUAUUUGGUCAGGUUGGACUUUGCUAGGAUCUGUUCUGAUAGGGACCAUUGGGUUGGGAAGGGAGUAAGGUGAAGUUGCUCCUAGACGCUGAUAUUGGUUUUUUUUGGCCACUAAUGAGGGGAAGCUGGAGGGGAAGGGAAGCUGAUCCCAGAUCUGUACCUCAGAGAAACUUUACCCUGGAGCGAUGGGAAGACUAUGGGGAUGGGGGUUACUUCCUACUUCCUGGUCCAUGCUGCUUCAGCUCGCCUCGUCUCAUGAUGACCCAGCCCCAACUCUGUGUGCCGCUGGCUGGGAGCGGGAGGAAGAAGAUGAGCCAGCGAAGACCUGUCAAGUGUUUACUGUGAGUGUUUUAUUGUGUAACUGAACGGGUGUCGUCCUGAUGAACGGUUUUGCAUGAGUGGAGAAAUCCAGACUAUCCAGUGCCUUUAGGAAUGUAUUCAGCCGCCUUGACUUUUUCCACAUUUGUUACGUUACAGCCUUACUCUAAAAUGUAUUAAAUUGUUUUUUUCCCCUCAAUCUACACACAAUACCCUAUAAUGACAAAGCAAAAAUAGGUUUUCGGGAACUUUUUGCAAAUUUACUACAAAUCAAAAACGGAAAUAUUACGUUUACAUAAGUAUUCAGACUCUUUACUCAGUACUUUGUUGAAGAACCUUUGGCAGCGAUUACAGCAAUGAGUCUUCUUGCGUGUGAUGCUACAAGCAUGGCACACCUGUAUUUGGGGAGUUUCUCCCAUUCUUCUCUGCAGAUCCUCUCAAGAUCUGUCAGGUUGGAUGGGGAGCAUUGCUGCACAGCUAUUUUCAGGUC